GCAAAGGCGGUCUCUUUGUUGGCCACCGGCUCGCUGGCUGCGGGGGCUCGGCUGUGCGCUUGUGUCCUUGCGGUGCCCUGCCCUGCCCUGCCCUGCCUGGCUGCUCUCUGCCCCCCCCCCGCCCUUCUUCCUCUCGCUCUCCGCAUGCCACAGAACCACCACGAUGUCCAUCUUGAAGAUCCAUGCCCGUGAAAUUUUCGAUUCGCGUGGAAACCCCACAGUGGAAGUUGAUCUGUACACUGGGAAAGGAAUGUUCCGAGCAGCUGUUCCCAGUGGGGCCUCCACUGGUAUUUAUGAAGCAUUAGAACUUAGAGAUGGAGACAAGACACGAUUCUUGGGCAAAGGUGUUACAAAAGCUGUUGAUAACAUCAAUUCAAUAAUUGCACCUGAGCUGAUUAAGAAGAAUUUAAAUGUUUGCGAGCAGGAAAAAAUUGACAAGCUGAUGCUGGCGAUGGACGGCACGUUGAACAAAUCUAAAUUUGGUGCCAACGCCAUUCUGGGCAUUUCAUUGGCUGUGUGCAAGGCAGGAGCUGCAGAGAAAGGGGUCCCCCUGUAUCGGCACAUCUCCCAUCUUGCAGGCAAUACACAAGUUAUCCUGCCGGUCCCGGCAUUUAAUGUGAUCAAUGGUGGCUCUCAUGCUGGUAAUAAGUUGGCCAUGCAAGAGUUCAUGAUCUUGCCAGUUGGUGCUGCCAACUUCAAGGAAGCAAUGCGCAUUGGUGCUGAGGUGUACCACAACCUGAAGAAUGUUAUCAAGAACAAGUACGGGCAGGAUGCCAUCAACGUUGGCGAUGAAGGUGGAUUUGCACCAAAUAUCCUGGAAAACAAAGAAGCCUUGGAACUGUUGAAGACUGCCAUCGACAAGGCUGGCUACUCAGACAAGAUUGUGAUCGGCAUGGAUAUAGCAGCUUCCGAGUUCUUUCGUGACGGGAAGUAUGACCUGGAUUUCAAAUCCCCACCUAAUCCUGAGCGUAACGUCAGUUAUGAAAAACUCAUUGAACUUUACACAAAUUUCACGAAAAAUUACCCUGUUGUCUCCAUUGAGGAUCCUUUCGACCAAGAUGAUUGGGAAGCCUGGAAGAAGUUUACAGCAAAUACAGAUAUCCAAGUGGUUGGCGAUGACCUGACUGUGACAAACCCCACUCGCAUUGCCAAAGCAGUGCAGGAGAGAGCCUGCAACUGUCUGCUGCUGAAGGUGAACCAGAUUGGUACAGUGACCGAGUCCAUUGAAGCUUGUAAGUUAGCCCAGAGUAAUGGAUGGGGCGUGAUGGUGAGUCAUCGUUCUGGGGAGACUGAAGACACUUUCAUUGCGGACUUGGUUGUGGGGCUGUGCACCGGUCAGAUUAAGACUGGAGCUCCUUGCAGAUCUGAACGCUUGGCCAAAUACAACCAGCUAAUGAGAAUUGAAGAGGAGCUUGGGCAGAAGGCUUGUUUCGCUGGCAGGAAGUUCAGGAACCCCCUCGGCAAAUAGACGGGGCAGCGUGUUUUCAGUUUAGUCCAGUGCUAAGAGCAGCUUUUACUUCCUCCUGAACCAGCAGAAUUGCUAUUCACCUUUGUACUGUCAGUGUUGCAGAAUGAUGAUUUGUACCAGAGGACAGGUAAUGUCAGGCCAUGAUGCAUCUUCCUUCCUCUGGAGAAUAAUAAAUGCAAGGCUUAACUCAUCA